UUUUUUUUAUCAUUGUCGGGAAAACAAUUGUGGUUUUUUUUUUCUUUGUUUUAUUUUAUUUUUAUUUUUUUCACAAUUAAACUUUUAGUCAAUUAAACAAUUUGUAAUGAACUUCGAAUUAGAUACCUUAAGUUAUGCUCUAAUCACUUCUAUUAUUGGUGCUGCUGCCCUAUUAUCUGUUCGUAAUUCCAAGUCACCCGAUAUUCAUCCUUUAUUAUUGAAUACUCAGUCAGAUGUAUCGCGUCUUCGUCAUCCUGAAGAAAGUGCAGUCUAUCGCUCAAGAAUGUAUCCCAUGGGUACGCCACUCUGCUCCACAUUUGAUCGUGCUAUUCGAACAAUGGCUGAUUUCUAUAAAGCAGGUGGAUUGGAGAAAAACACUAAUUCUGAUUUUUUAUAUCAACAAAGUGGUGGAUAUCUGGAUUAUGGCACUGUUGGUAAGAAGAUUAAGCCUAUUUAUCAAGGUCUUCGAAUCAUUGCUGGUUUAGAGCCUCAAACCCAGAAUGAAAAUUCAUUUGUCGGUAUUUAUGCAAAAAACUCUCAAUAUACUGUUCUUACAGAAAUUGCUUGUCAUUGUAAUGGACUUGUAACCAUUCCUAUAUCUUCUUAUGCUUCAUCAUCACAUUUAUCAUACAUUAUUCAAAAGACUGCUUUAAAAGUUUUGAUCGCAGAAUCAGAUCUUGUAGAUCACAUUCUAUCUCUUGCUCAAGAUACUUCGUUAAAGCAAGUUGUUGUUUUAGGAGAAAUCUCUGAUAUAAAUCAAGAAAAGGCUAAUCAAAUCGGUAUUCAAUUGUUCUCAUUUGAUGAAAUGGAAGCAAAAGGAAAAUCAGCUGUAUUUGAUACUAUUACUGUUGUUCCAAAUGAUUUUGCUACUAUUUACUUUAGUUCGUCUGCUUUGAAGGAAUCUAAGAAUGGUGUUAUUUUGACUCAUAAGAAUCUUUUGUCUAGCAUCUCUUCUUAUCUAUUAGUUAUCCCUCCUCAACAAAGAUUUAGUUCUAAAGAUCGUUUAUUAUUAAAUUUGCCUAUUGAUAAUGUGUUUAGAUAUGUUUUAACUGCCGCUGUUAGUUUGCUAGGAGGUUCAAUUGCUUUUAAUGAACAAGAAACAGAUGAUGAGAAUAUUGAUGUUGGUACCUAUCUUACACAUAUUGCAACUGUUAAGCCCACUAUUUUUGUCAGUGGUCCUAUUUUCCUUCGUCAAGUCAAACAUCUUAUUGAAUCACGCUAUAAUAAAUCAUUCUUAUUCAAACGCGGAUACAGUGUUAAGAAGGAAUAUCUUGAAGAAGGUCGUUUAGUAAAUGAUUGUAAAUAUGAUAUGUUAGUGUUCAGAGACAUUCGUCAAAAAAUGUUUGGAGGAAAUUUAAGAUUAAUUUAUAUUGAUAACGAUGACAAUAUGGAUCCUUCCUUAGCAACCUUCCUUCGGAUUAUUCUUUCUACACAAGUCCUUCAAACUUUCAACUUGACAGAGACAGUAUCAUCUAUUACAGCAUCCAUGUUUUACGAUUAUAAUGCUGAUCCAAAAGCAACGGGUGCUCCUUUACCAUGCAAUGAAAUAAAGCUAGUGGAUGUUAAAGAGCUUUCAUUGACAGCUGAAGAUCAACCUAAUCCUCGUGGUGAAAUCUGGGUUCGUGGUAACAAUGUCUUUGCAGGUUAUUAUAAUAAUAGUUCAGCUACUACUGAUGUGCUUGAUACAGACGGUUGGUAUACAACCGGUUAUCUUGGCGAAAUUUUGCCUAAUGGCACUUUAAAAGUUAUUGGGAAAAAAUAAGAUAAAAUACAAAAUAAAGCAUCUCUAUAUAUAGUAUAUUCGUA